CGCAAUACCCAGUCCCAGCCCUCUAUAUCUGUGCCAGAGACUAUCAUAUCGUUUCCCAAGCUGCGCCUACUAAUCAUAUAUUUACUCCAAAAACGAUAACACGAACGACAGCGUUUUUCAAGUCAAUUAUAAAUGAACUACAAAAUAAAUGGAGAAAUCAAGUGUGGGAUUUGUACUGCUAAUUCAAACAGAAUUCAUAAGUGUGUGGAGUCUAUUGUAAAAGAUGCCUAAUAAUGAAUAUCCAGUAUGUGUUGUAAAUAGUGUACAAGUUUGAAAAUUGUAAAAAAAACUGGAAUGUGUCAUCUGAAAGUGAAGCUCUCUUAAUACUGUCAAAGAGUAAUAGACUUUAUGAAUGAUGAAGAGAACGGUGUGAGGCAAAAUGCAUUUCUGAUUCAGGCUCAAUUUAAUAAUUAGUGCAUGGUAUAAAACUUCUCAGUUUUUGGCUAGUCAUUGGCUUUCCUGUGAAAAGGAAGGGAAAUUUCCUAGGAUGGGUGAUUCAAGACACACACUACAUUCUUGGAACCCACAGUACAUAAAGAAGUUUCUAAUGGCUGUUGUUGGAAUAUCUGUCAUAAUUUCACUCCUUAAUUUUAGUGCCAAAGGAAGAAUAAAUCAACCAAAGCCAGCAAAGAUGGUUACCACGCCAGCAUCUGUUGAGGCACCAACGGAGUAUGGACCUGACCUCUACAUUGGUUUAGGUCUUUCUAUAUCUUCGUCAGUGUUUAUAGGUUGGUUUGGACCAGCAAUUGGCUCUGAUCACCCCAGAUCAUUAUUGUCAACCACAGAGGUAUUUUUAAAUGCCAUGAAUUUCACUUGACUGAUGGGAAGGAGUGAGAAAAUGAACAACUGGACACAAGAAAAGACAAUUUUGCAUGAGGAGAACCUCAGUACAGAGGACUAGGAUGUGUUCCAGCUCUCAAAAAGCCAGCUAUCAUGUAUGCAACAGUGUGAAGUCCAUUCAUGAUUUAAGUCAGUAGAAUUCCUAAGCUGGUCCCUGUCAUUAAGGGUAUCAACAUGGACA